AUGGCUGAAAGUACAUCAAGUUUCAGAGGACCCUGGUUCUUAAGGCUAAUAAAUGUAGCAGACGAACUUAUUCUGUCCAUUCCAGAUGAUGUUGCGUGCAAACUAUGGGGUGUUGAUAAAGGCCCUACAAAUGUUAUGAUACACACUGUAGAUGGCCGAUUAUUUAAUGUUUCUUUAAGCGCUGAUAACAAAAUGUUUAAAGUUGCCAUUGAAACGUCUGACGGUAAAGUUGGUUUUACCGUUGGUAUUGACAUGAUUGUUAGUCUGUUACAGUUGAAGGCUGGUUGUAUUUUGUUAUUUACAAAAGGUUUUGGUAAUUUUUUCCAUUUAAAAAUUUUUGGAAAAAAUGGUGUUGAAAUGAAUUUUCCUGAUGUAGAUGUCGAUGAGGCUGAAGUUGCACCUAUCGAUGCUGAAAAUGAAGUUGAUGAACAAAUACAUGGUUGUGUUCGUCAUUUUACUCGUAUGGCCGGUGAACGUUAUUUUAGGAGUCCUGAUCCUGUUUCACGGAUGGCUAGACUUGAUGAAGGUUUAAAAGAUAUCACCGUUAGGCUUAUGCAUCUGGAUCCACCAAAGCAAUUUACCAACGGUACAAGACGUGAAAAAAAAAGAGACGGAGGUUGGCGAUACGCGUUAACCAGUUGGAAGAAGUUCAUGAAAGCUGCUAGAAUUAAGUCCAUUCAUUUAUUUGAUUUCUUCUUAGCUAUAAUGAAAAACGAAGGUCAGAUCACCUUGCUGAACGAUAUCGAUGCUCUUAGCACAAACUACACUAUCAAGGUUAAAAUUGUUAGUUUGUGGAGGAAGAAGAUGAGAGAUAAUGAAAGAGAGACAUAUCGUAUAGAUAUGAUACUGAUGGAUGAAAAGGGUACCAAGAUUCAAGCUUCUUGCUUGCAUAAGCUAUUUUCAAAGUUUGAGAGACAUCUUAAUGUUGAUGAAUGCCUUAUCAUUAAACGGUCAUCUCUUGCUGCGAACACUGCAUCUUUCAAGAUUGUUCCUAACAAUCAGAAGCUAUCUUUUUAUUAUCAUACGUUUGUGGAAAAGUGCAAUAUAUGGGAAGAUUUCAUUGGUUAUGUUGGUGUUUGUUAUAACAUCGAGGAGACUAACAAAAAGGAUGGUAGUAAAGGGAAACGCCUUAAUCUUAAGCUUCAAGAUCUUGAAGAUGUUCAGAUCGAUUUAACUCUUUGGGAUGAUUACGCUAAGGACAUGUAUUCUUACAUGGUUAGUGAAAAUCGUGAAGCACAUGUUGUCGUUGUUGUCCAUUUUGGUGCAGUUAAGACAUACAAAGGCAAAUGGGGAUUUUCUAAUAACUUUGAUGGUUCACGACUUUUCAUUAACGACAAUUUUGAUGACAUGUUAUCGUUCAAGCAAAAGUUUCUUGCAAAACUUGCUGCUUCAACUGAGUCAAGUAGCCAUGCUGGGUCAUAUAUGAUGUGUUCUCCAAAGAAAGUUGUUGUUGUUGGAACUAUUGUAGCAAUCGUUUCAGAUAAGAUGUGGUAUUAUGAUGGGUGUAACUAUUGCAAGUCCAAAGUUGAGCAAAAGUUUGAAACCUAUGAUAAGGAUGAUGGAACAAGUGAUGUUAGAGAUGAGAAGUUGUAUCAAUGUUCUAACAAGGAUUGUAAUGGAAAAGAAGUUUUCCCGCUGUCCAGGUUUAAAAUACCGGUUCGCGUUCAAGAUUCAACCGGUACUGUGACGCUUACAUUAUUUGACCAUGAGGCGUUGAAGUUUGUUGGGAAAACUGCAAAGGAACUUAUACAAAUUCAGGACGAGUUAUUGAAGACAAAUGAUUUUCCAAGAGAAUAUCUGGUUGAAUUUGAAUCGUUGGUUAACCUAAAGUGUGCUUUCGUGAUUAAAGUAAUUGACUUUAAUAUUGUCAAUGCUGUUGAGAAUUAUGGAAUAUCAGUUGUUACGACUGAUGAUGACAUCUUGGAUAAGCUCAACAAAAAAUUUAAAAUUGACCAACUUGAUGUUUCUGAUUCUUUUGGUAUGAGUCAGUCUGAGUUCCAAACUUCUGGUGGUGAAUGUUUGAAGGAUGCUGAUUCUUACACUGAGGAUAACACCACACCUGUUUCAAAGGAUUAUGUGGGUGACUUGAAACAAUCAUCUUCUGAUUUGAAGCAUAACCUUGAUGAUGUUUAUUUGAAUGAAGUGGGAUUGGCGUCGUCAGCAAAUACUUCACAGACUUUUGAAACAUCAUCAUGGUUAUCUGAAUUUGCAUUCUUAGCUUCCUUCUACGGUGGAAUAAGUUUUUUUCAUCAUUCUUUACAUUUCCAGUUUGAACAACUUACGUCGUAUUCUUCUGAACGUCCACAUAUUGGCCUUGAUAAUAAAUCUGAGCAAGCUAAAUGUACACGCUCGUUAAGAAAACUAUAUCUUGAUAAUAAGAAAUCAAGUGCAGAUGCAUUUCCGGAUUAUUUUGUUAGAGUUGUAGAGGCUAAACACAGGCGCAAGUUAAGAAAACUAUACCUUGAUAGUAAGAGAUCAAAGAUUACUAAAAAAUUCAUUUCUAGAGGUGGUGCUUCAACGUCGUCAUCAUCAACACGAAUCCUUUUAAAUAACAAAGAGAAUUUAACUCUCAAUUUUUCAAACACAACCUUUCCUACCGAAUCUUCAACUGUUAUAAGGACAAUUGAUAAUAUUGCAAGCUCAUCAACUUUACCAUUGAAUGACUGCUAUUCUCUUAAUCCCAGAAUAACCAAUAAAUGUAACACAACUUCUUUGACCUCGGAAUUUAGCUCGAUAAAAAAGAUGUCUUCUGGAAAGCGUAGACUUAUUCAUAAACCAAUUGAAAUAGAACCCAUACCAAUGGCUGUUCUUGAUUCUGAUGAUGAAAAUCAUGUUCACGAGGUUGUGUUAGACGCCACCAAAGGUGUAUCUAAAGAUUACGUUGACCAUGGUGACCAAUCUCUUACGUGUGGUUUAUGCUUUGCAAAGUUAUGGCCAACCGAAGGUGGAAAGGGUCGCAUUACACUUCAAAAGCAAACAUAUAGCUUAUGUUAUGGAUAUGGUAAAGUUAACUUGCCUGAAUAUAAAGAUUCUGAUCCAUCUUAUCAGAUGCUUUUUCGCUGUUUAGAUCAGGAAAGCAAGUUUUUCUUAAAGAACAAAAGACGUUACAAUUCUAUGUUUUCCUUUACUUCAAUGGGAGGAAAAGUAGAUACUAAAAUAAACAAAGGUAAUGCUCCAUUUGUUUAUAGAAUCAGCGGUCAGAAUGCACAUUGUAUGGGUAGUCUUCUUCCUAAGCAUGGAGACCAGCCAAAAUUUUCACAGCUUUAUAUCUAUGAUACUGAGAAUGAGCUUGCUAAUAGAGAGUUGUUAUUCGGUGAAUCUUCAAGCAAAGCAUCUUUAAGGGCAAAGGAACUUGAUGUUAAAUUUAUAAAGUUUCUUACGAACAUGUUAGAUUCUACAAAUAUGUUGGUUAAAACUUACAGGAUGAGAGAUCGGGACAGUAGGACUUACAAUUUACCUACGUGUUCUGAAGUUGUUGCUUUAAUAGUUGAUGAACCUGAUCUCAAGAUAGAAAGCCGUGAUAUUAUUGUCGAAAAGCGUUUGGGAGUUCUUAAGAGUAUUAGCGAGUUACAUCCUUUAUCUUACUCUACAAUAUCCAAUUCUUUUUCCGUAUGGAGACGAUUGCUAUAG